AUGUCGUCGAAAAAACCUCUCUCCUAUCCCAACUGGCAAUGCGUCAUCAAGUACAUGAAUUCCAACACGAGAAUCCUGCUUUCUCAACAUUGUCCAGAACUUCGCCGACUGGAAAAAUCGAUACCUUUGAAAGUUCGUUCGUUCGAUUUCUGCUGCCAAGAUCUGAUCUUUCUUAACGAUAGUGUUUACCGAGUUGGAAUAUUCCGUCAGUACCACGAUAAAAAUUGUGAAAUCCCUGAAGACAUUCAGUGGUAUAACAAUAAUGGUGGAAUGAGAGGUGAUGUCGAUAAAUAUGGAUUCCCGUCUGGUUACCUCCAAAUGGAUGAUGAUGAUCUCCAAAAGGAGAAGAAGAAGAUCCAGAAAAGAAUUAAAAAACUCAAGAAAAAAUUGCCGGGAUCUGCUCGCCGUUUGAAAUGUGCCGUGGAAACUCUAAAGUAUCUAAACGAAAUUAUUUUUCGCUUUGAUCUUCAAUCGCGAAAUCUCGAACCACCGUUUACCCACUAUCUCCAACUCUCUAUUACUCCAAACAGUCAGUUUGCAAAGUUUGCAAAAGACUCCAUUACUUCUAGAAAAAAUGGAGCACUACGAACGGAACGACUUUUUUACGAACAGCCGUUGCAGAAUGCUCAAAAGUAUCUCAUUGACAAGUUAUUCGGAGGAAGAUCGCAGAUAUUUAUAUGUUACAUGGUAAUUUCUCUUUAUGAUCAACAUUUUCCCCUGGGUUCUUUGCUGCGUGUUCAACAUUUAAACAUUGGAUCUUAUUCGUUUGUUCAUUCUCAAGCUAAACUAGAAAGCGUAGUGGACUACAGAAAUUACCCAUUGAAAACACUAUCUUCGUGUUGGGAGGAAUUGAAUCAUCCAAUAGCCGCUACUGCUCAGAAACUUCUAUUCACUGGACUACCUCCCGGAUUUCCUUUAAUCCGUCAUCGGAAUGUCCAGUUUACUUGCUAUUUUGACAUCACAGACCCAGUUCAGCAAUUAGUACAACAUAUGCUGAAUACCAAAAAGAACAUCGGAGUGUGCUAUGCAUUCAGAUGUGACUUCGAUUUUGAGAAAACGGAAUUAAUUGAUGAAAUCAAGGAAACCCAUGAAGAGAAAGUGAAGCUAUUUGAGAAUUCAAGAAACAAUACAUUCUCAAGUUGUGUUGUUCUCCAAAUGACAGAAACUUCUGAUCUAUUCGUCUACUGGACAAACGAGAAAAUGAAUUAUCUCAAAAUAGAAGUGUUGCCAUCUGGAAGUCCAGUACCUAUUGAGCAUGACUAA